AUGAGCCGUUUAGGGUUUAAGUCCGUGGUCUUCCACGACAACUUGUGUUGGGGAGAACUGGAUGCUAUUCUGGUGAAGGACCAGAAGUUCCAGUUCCCAAACAAUGAGAUUCGAAUCCACCGCAUAUCGCAACAAAGUGAACAAUGCCCUCCUCUCUCAAUUCUCCAAAUGAUUUCAUCAUUUUCGGUUCGAUGCAAGCUCGAAUCUACCUCCCCUGUUGAACAUCCCCAUUUGAUCAAUCUUCAUGCAUGCUGCUUCUACGAGUUCAAGGUGGUCAUUGAUUGCUGGAAGACUUCCAGGAAGGACAUCGAACGGUGUGAAAAAUUAUUGGAACACCCGACUGCGGACGAAUUCUCUCGUGAAAAGGACUACGAAAGAAAAAUUCCAAGAAACAAUAAAGCCCAUCGUAAUAAGGCCUCAACCGCGAAGUUUCACUAA